AUGAGAAGAAUCCUCCACUGCCACGAGGCGCCGAGCGAGGAGGAGGCAGGAGCAGCAGGAGACCUGCUGUGUGGGGUCGGGGGGUUGGACGAGAAGGAGCGAAGGGAGGUGGUGUGGAAGGACCUCAAGGAGGCACUAGGUCGAAGGAGCCACGUGUACCAGCUGGACCUGAGUAGACAGGGGCUGAAGAAGCUCCCGGCGGAGAUUGGGAGGCUGAAUAAGGUUGAAGUCUGCGACCUCAGCCAGAACGAUCUUGACCAUGACGGGCUGCCUGAGGACCCGAGGGCUCAGGCGAGCAGCUUCAAGCAGAUCUUCCCGGAUUGUCAAGUGCUUUACUGA